GUCACACUCAUGUCUCUCUGCUUUCUACGGCGACCGCAACCGCUAUUCAACGCGUGCCGCAGUGCACAGCGGUGCUAUGCUAGUCAGAGUAAGCCUUUGGAGGCCAACACUGUGAAUGCUUCACCAAAAGGUCAAGCAACAUCAUCAACAGCGGUGGACGAGCCAGCUACGACUGCGUCCAGCUGUCCAGAAGGAACCAUUCUUAAUGGUCUUGCAUUCCUGAAGGGCCAACCGCCUGUCGUUGCCCUUGCCGAUGAUGCCUACCCACCAUGGCUUUGGAAGUUAUUAGAACCCAAAAUCAUUCCGGAUGAUGGACCUGGUGGCGUCGCAGAGAAAGUCCGACUCAGGAAGGAGAGGAGACAGAGAAUACGUGACCAAAAUUUCAUGAAGACUCAGUAGAUGGGAUUGGGUCUCGUGUGGUGCUUUAUCUCUGCAUAGAUAUCUUUAUGUGCAUGUUCAUGCAAAAACGUCGCUCUCCUUUGCUUCGGGGCAUUUACGACAUGUAUAAUUGAUUAAUUCAUCAUCUUGUCUGGAUC